CUGUCUUUUUGCUCCCUUCGAAAUCGAAAUGCUCUGGAUUCCCUGCCUAUACUGACAUGGUCACCUUGGUCCGUGAAGCCUGUCCCUUCCUUCUUCGACCCUCUCACAUUGCUACAAUUUGAAGUUUUUGUCUAUUAUUGGUCAAAAUCUUAAACCAAACAUUCUGGUCACUGUUAAAAGAGUGUACUAUUUUAUGCACGGUUAGUUUUUUGGGCACCUUCAACAUUUGGGUUUCACGUUUGGUCCUCAAAGUUUGAAUUUUGGAACUGGGUUUUGUGUUAUGGUCUGGAAGUGGGUUUCGUAUUAGCGAGAUAAGGAUUAGGAAACUUGAGUUCCAAUUUAACCUUCAUGGGGACAAUGAGUACAUCUUCUACCCUGUCCGUCCCUGAAGAAGCAUCUAAUUUUGAUGAGGUUUCGAUGCAGCAGAACUUGCUUUUCUCUGAUAGUCUAAUGGAUCUGAAAAAUCUGAGAACACAGUUAUAUUCGGCUGCCGAGUAUUUUGAACUAUCAUACACCAUUGAUGACCAUAAACAGAUAGUGAUUGAAACGUUAAAAGAUUAUGCUACUAAAGCUAUUGUGAAUACUGUGGACCAUCUGGGUUCUGCUACAUAUAAGGUUAAUGAUUUCUUGGAUGAGAAGGUCGAUGAAGUUUCCGGAACGGAGCUCUGUGUAUCUUGCAUUGAACAGAGAUUACGGACAUGCCAAGAAUAUAUUGAUCACAAGGGCCUUUCUCAACAGUCACUGGCGAUAAAUACUCCUAAGUACCAUAAGCAGUACAUCUUGCCAGUUGGGGAGACCAUGCAUGGUGCCAACCGUAUUAAAUCAAAAUACCAGGGUUGCAGCCUAGUUGAUGAAGAUGAGCGGCACCAAUUUAGGAAUGCUGUUCAAUCCACAAUAAGAGAAGCCCCAACUUCUACGAGCAGUAGAGGGCGUCGGCAUUCCCGUUCGCCUUCUCCACGUCCUUCCCAACGAUCUGCAAUUUUUUCCUUUACUGCUUCUAUGCCCAAAAAAGAAUUAGAGAAGAGAACAGUUUCACCACAUCGGUUUCCGCUAUUGCGUUCUGGAUCUCUUUCAAGUAGGUCAGUAACACCAAAUUCAACACGACCCACUACUCCAAACUCAAGUAGGCCAACCACUCCAAAUCCUAAUGCAAGACGUCGUUACCCUUCAGAGCCUCGGAAAUCAGCUUCAAUGCGAUUACCAGCAGAAAGAGAAAAUGGCAAAGAGGUAGAACAAUACCCUAGCAAAAGUAAACGUCUCCUGAAAGCUUUGCUUAGUCGACGCAAGUCAAAGAAAGAUGAGAUGCUAUACACCUAUUUGGAUGAAUACUGACCGCUAUAUUUACACGGCGAAGUAUUAUUAACUUAUUUUUCCUCUCUUAUUCUAUUUUUGUCACCCACAAGCAAUAUUUAUCAUGAGUAAUAUGAUGUAUUAUUCUGAGAUCGCAGUGAUGUAUUGGAUGAUCAAUACUGUAUGUACGACAUUUUCUUUCUGUUAAAAAGCACAAUUUUAAGGUA